GGGUCUGGUGGAGGAACACACAGAAUGGGAGGAGCGUCCGCCAGAGGGCGAUGGAAGCCUUCCAGGCACUUACGGUGGCCUGCUCAUGGCGCGUGCGCAGAGGAAACUACGGGGUGGGGGGCGGAGUCAGAUUCAAAGGUAGUCUCAGUCACGCCCUGCCCCAUGACCCCUGGGCAAGCUCUGACCCGCUACCUCCCUUGCCGAAAGUCACAGAGAAUGAACCCCACGGGACCUCGGCCUCUCGUGGCCUCUGCCGUGCCCCCGAGCAGGAGGCGAUGGCCCCCGGAGUGACCGCCAGACCAUGCGAGGAAUCAGUGACAUUCAAAGAUGUGGCUGUGGAAUUCACCUGGGAGGAGUGGGUUCAUUUAAACCCAUCUCAGAAAAACUUGUACAGGGAUGUGAUGCUGGAGAACUAUAGGAACUUGGUAUCUUUGGGAUUUGCAGUUUCUAAACCAGAUGUGAUUCACCAGUUGGAAAGAAAGGAAGCAUCUUGGAUACAAAAGGCAGAUAUUCCAAGAAGCAGCUGUCCAGAGAGCAAAGAAUUUAAUGGAAAGAAACCUUAUGUAUGUAGUGAAUGUGGAAAAGCCUUCAGAAGGAGAGCACAUCUUACUGUGCAUCAGAGAAUUCAUACUGGAGACAUUCUUUAUGAAUGUAAGGAAUGUGGGAAGGCUUUUCACUACAACUCAGCACUUAUUCUACAUCAAAGAAUUCAUACUGGAGAGAAACCUUAUGAAUGUACUGAAUGUGAUAAGGCUUUCAGGAGUAAGACACAACUUACUGUUCAUCAGAGAAUUCACACUGGAGAGAUUCUUUAUGAAUGUAAGGAAUGUGGAAAGACUUUUCACUACAAUUCAGAACUUAUUCGACAUCAAAGAAUUCAUACAGGAGAGAAACCUUAUGAAUGUACUGUAUGUGGGAAGGCCUUUAGGAGGAAGCCACAUCUUACAGUGCAUCAGAGAAUUCAUACUGGGGAGAAACCUUAUGAAUGUACUGAAUGUGGGAAGGCCUUCAAGAGGAAGGCACAGCUUACUGUGCAUCAGAAAAUUCAUACUGGAGACAUUCUUUUUGAAUGUAAGGAGUGUGGGAAGGCUUUCCAUUACAACUCAGCACUUAUUCUACAUCAGAGAAUUCAUACUGGGGAAAAACCUUAUGAAUGUAGUGUAUGUGGGAAGGCCUUCAGGAUGAAGGCACGUCUUACUGUGCAUCAGAGAAUUCAUACUGGAGAGAUACUUUAUGAAUGUAAGGAAUGUGGGAAGACUUUCCACUACAACUCAGAACUUAUUCCACAUCAAAGAAUUCAUACAGGAGAGAAACCUUAUGAAUGUGUUGUGUGUGGGAAGGCCUUUCGCCGGACUGUAGAUCUUACUCAACAUCAGAGCAUUCAUACUGGAGAAAGACCUUAUGAAUGUAAUGAAUGUGGGAAGACCUUCACACUGAAGAAAUAUCUUGUUCAGCAUCAACGAAUUCAUUCUGGAUAGAAAGUUUUUGAGUGUAAUGUAUGUGGGAAGUCCUUUAGACUAAGAAUACGACUUUAUGGUCAUCAGAAUUCAUCCUGUAGAGACUCUUCAUAAAUGUAAGGAGUGUGGGAAAGCCUUUCAUCAUGAUUCAUAUCUUAUUAGAUACAAAAGAAUUCAUUCUGGAAAGAAACCUUAUGAAUUGAGUGAAUUUGGGAAGGUCUUCAGGAAGAAGCAACUUCUUACCUGUAUUAGAGAAUUCAUAAUGAAGAGAAACAUAUAUGAAUCAGAAUAUUUAUUCUGAAGAUAAGUAUAAUGAAUGUGAGGAGAUUUUUAGACUAAGAACCAAUCAAGGAAUUCAGGUGCUUUCUUCUGUGCCUCUGAUUGACAAUAUACCUAUGGCUGGGUUCCCAGGCUGGUAUGCCUUGAAAGUCACCACUAGAAUGAGACUUUGGCAUAAUGUGACCUGGCAGCAGCCUUGGAACAACAAUAUCCACUGUGGCAGCAGCCUUGCUUGAGUCUUGACAUCUGCCCAGAAAAAAAGGCAGAAAAUGGCAUACAAGGAGCUUUUUUUGCUUCUCUACAACAAAAUGGUAACCAGCAUCUACAAAUUUACAGAGCAAGGGCAGUUGGAAAAUGGAAGAUGCAUUACUAAGCUGUAGAACGUGGCUUUUAGGAUGGGACACUGCUUAAUAGAUUUACAAAGGACACUACAAGACUCAAGAAUGAAUUAGAUAUUACAGAGUUCAUUUGUAAGGUUUUGGGGAUCAAUGUUUUCAAUAAACAAUAAGGUCAAAUCAUCAGGUUAUCUAUAUGCUUUAAGACAACAGAUUUUUGACUCCUGACUCAGAUGUCUUCAGGAAAAUGGUAUUUAGAUCAUGCACCUAAGUAUUUACAUUUACAUAUGACUUAAUCAGAGAUUUUUUUAUCACAUAUGGGGAUAAAAAAGUAUUUAAACAGCUGAAGUGUCAGCAGUGCUACCAUGUAAAUUUCAAGUGAUAAUACAGAAUCUAUAGCAUGCACUCAAAUGCUUUUACAAUGUAAGAAGAUUAAAUCAUUGAUGUAUCAAGAUUUUUGAGUAGUAACUUUUGACUGACUGGAGUUGUCACAAGUUUCUAUGAUACAUAGAUUCAUGUAAGCUUUAUUUAUUUCAUGUUUUAAUACCUACUUUCAAGAGAGAGUAUCAUAUUAUAGUAUAUGUAUCAUCUGAUGGAAUGGGAGAAUAUCAGAGAAAAUUUUACUGAGACAUCAUAUACUGUAGCUAGCUCUAUUACAGUAUGCCAAAUGCAACUUUAUUUCAUUAAAAAAUUAUUAAAUAAGCACAGAAACCAAAUAACAACUUUUCUUCAUGCUUCUACUUCACUAGUUCCUGCUUUUUAUUUGGCAUUAAAAAGGAGGGUAAAAUUAAAGUCUUAGUGAAUUUACCGGGAAAGAAAAAGUUACAUCAUUUAUAUCUGAUUUUUUCAGAUUCAGGUUCAGACUAAGUGGAGUAUGUGUUAAGAUUAACUUAAAUGAUAUUAUAAAUGACACUGGGAUACUGUUUGUUCUUAGUAAAAAGCAAGUUUCAUAUUUUUGUGAAGGGACUCUGCAUUUAAGUCUGGUCAUAGGAUGGCAAAAAUUAGUAGAUUUCGGAGAUUAGCAAGGGUGAAAAGAAGGGAACCGAAAGAACCUGGAGAAAGAAAAUAAAUUGAAGGAUUGGAUAGUAGAUUAGAAAAAUAGUUAAAGCACUGUAUUUCUAUAAAUACUUGAGACUAAACAGGAUGACUUUUCAUAUGCAAAAGAUUACUUGUCCAAGUCAAUUUCACUACGUUCAGCUAAUGAAUAAUUGAGAAUGUCCAUUUUUUAACUAUACCAGUUAACAGGAACUUUCAGGUCCAACAUUUUUAAAUAUGUUACAUGUGUUAAAAUGUGUCCUUUGCAUUGUGUCUCCAUGGGUUUACCAAUAGUAUUCACCAAAUAUUGUUUGAUUUCUUUUUGUUGUUUUAAAGUAAAAAUCAAAGAAUUCA